AUGCCUAAGAAGGCAGUGACGCCGAUGACCAGUGAUUAUAUCUCAGAGUUGGACGGAUCACCCAAAUUGAACGCAAAAGACCAUACCUAUUACCAGGAAUUGAUUGGAAUCUUGAGAUGGGCGACUGAGAUUGGAAGAGUUGAUAUUCUAUUGGAGAUUUUGCUAUUGAGUCAAUAUCAGGCGACGCCAAGAGAGGGUCACAUGGAGCAGUUGUUGCGGAUUUUUGCUUACCUGGAUACAUAUCCAAAGUUGACAUUGUACUUUGAUUGGAGGCUGCCGAAUGUCAUCGAAAGCAGACUUCCAAACCCUCUAUUGCGACGCGAAAGAAGAGAUGCCGGCAAAUAUGCCACCACCAAAAGGGAGACAAAAUGGAAGUUUGGCUUGGGUAGAUGCGCCUCACGCAGCAAAUAA